GGAUGAAUUUUAAUUUUUUUUACAAGGAAGGAGCCAAGCAAUGUUCUUCCGACGACAACGAUCUAAUCUACUAACGCUUGCAUCGUGGAGCUCGGUGGGUCCACGGAUCAUGGGAAGUGCUGCCAUAGAAAAUGCAGAUGUAACCAGCCAACUUGCGCUGCCUUCCAAAACAGAGAGACACAUCUUCUCCCAGAAACCGGAUAAACAUAACAAUGGAAUUGUAGGGUAGUAUAGGUGUCGAGCAAACGCAUACUUCUUCACAUGCAAAUGUUCUGAAGAUAAACACGAAACACGUGACAUACGCCUCUCCUCACGUGACUCACCACCCUUCAUAUACGCCCUUCCCUCCCAACCAGCAAGCUCCUCAACGAAACGAGAGUAUCAUCAAAUUCAAUGGCUCGAAAUCCAGAAAACCUCUCCUAUCAAUUGGCCAAGGCCUCCACUGCCAUAACCUUUUCCGGGUCCCUCUCCGUCCUCUCCAGUUUGACACUCACUGCUGUUGUUAUGGGUUUGGUGGCAGCAACACCGUUGCUGGUGAUCAUCAGCCCGGUGUUGGUACCAGCAGGAGUUGCAAUGCUUCUGCUGAAUACCGGGCUUGUUAUGUCGGGAGGGUUUGGGGCAACAGCAGCGAUGGUGUUUUACUGGGUUUACAACAAUGUGACAGGACAGCACCCUGUUGGUGCUGACAAACUGGAUCAGCUGGCUUCAACAUUGGCGAGCGGGGUUAGAAGCAUCAAGAACCGACAUGAAGAGCGCCUAGGAAGCACAUCAGCAACGAUACACAGGGUGCACAAUGAUAUCAUCAAACAGAUAUUAACACAGCAAUGGUUGCUUCAUGGCCAAGAAACAACUACCAUGUAAUCUUUGUUCACUGUCAGCUCUUAUUUGUGUUAGUUCCAUACCAAUCUGUGAGGAUCAGUUUUCAA